CGCGCAUCCGCAGGCCUCCGCGCGCUCUUCCGGCCAUUCAUACGCCUCCUCUGUGAGUCUUGGGGUCCUGAAUUCCGUGUCCAGUCGGACCAGAAGGAGGCCGAGCCGCUAGGAUGAAGCUCGUGAGUAUAUCAUGAUAAAAAAAAAAUUAGGGCAGAAGAAGAGUAGAUGAAAUGAAGGACAGACUGCCGUCCAACGGGAGAAUUAUAAAGGCAGAUUUGUUCCUUAGAAAAGACAAGAAAGAGAAGAAUUCCUGAUUUUUGAUGAAAUUGAGUCAUGAAACUGUAACCAUUGAAUUGAAGAAUGGAACACAAGUCCAUGGAACAAUCACAGGUGUAGAUGUCAGCAUGAAUACACAUCUUAAAGCUGUGAAAAUGACCCUGAAGAACAGAGAACCUGUACAGUUGGAAACCUUGAGCAUUCGAGGAAAUAACAUUCGGUACUUUAUUCUACCAGACAGCUUACCUCUGGACACAUUACUUGUGGAUGUGGAACCUAAGGUGAAGUCUAAGAAAAGGGAAGCUGUUGCAGGAAGAGGUCGAGGCCGAGGUAGAGGAAGAGGACGUGGUCGCGGCAGAGGAAGAGGGGGUCCUAGGCGAUAAUGUCUUUCGAGAUUACUGUUUCAAAGUGAUAAGGAAUUGGGGGAUAGUUUUUGUACAGGUUUUGUUUGUUUGUCAAUUUUUAAUAAACGUUAAGUGUGGGGAUGGAGUUUUCUGUUGAUUAUCAAAUCAAAGUUUCAGUGUCUCUUAUGUACGCAACAGAGUAUAUUCAGUUCCUGGCAUCAGUCACAUGAAACAUGAAAAAGGACCUAUUGUGAAAGUGGUAUACAAAUUUCAAGGCUGAAGCUGAAGAUUGUGUAAGAGACAGGUCAGGUAAUCCCAGCCCUUACUAUCAAUUUGAUGCCCAUCCAAAAAUGGUCUUAGCAAUAUUUUAGCUAACUGGGUAAAUUCAAGUACUUACUCCACAAUUGACAUGCUUAUUUUGUUUAUAGGGGGAUAAAAUUAUACAUCUGAUCCAUGAUCAGAUGGCUUUAUCAAAACUGAUUGAAUAAAAAGGAAAAUGUGUGA